AUGAUCGAUCAAUUUAAUUCUUCAUUUUAUUUUGAACGACGAUGGUUCUUUUCACAUCAACAUUAUGUUGAAGAAAAUAUGGGCGGUGUGAUCUUCUAUUCCAUCCAACCAUACGGACGAAAACAUUAUAAAUUAUACAAAUUAUCAAAUAAAGAUAGGUGUUCACAUCGUCAAGAAGCUCUUCAUGAUUUGGUUCGUCAUGUUUAUAUGGAAGAUGAAGAGUCGAUUGUAUUUCAUCGGGUUCAAUUUUUAAAAGCCACUGAACUCACUCUUUGGUGUGGAUGUAAUUACUCGACGGCUGUCAUCUUCCAUCAUAUUAUUUGUUUGACACAAUUAACUAAUCUAACUAUAAAUUGGGGUGUGUUUUGUUUCGAUCAAUUACUUGAAUUAUUAAGUAUUACACUCAAUAUUCAAACAUUAAAACUUUAUUCUAUACGUUUGUAUCAACCAAAUCCAAUAUCAAUACAACAAACUGAAUUUUUUCGUUUGGUAUACAAUGGAAACAAGAUUACAAGUUUAACUAUUUCUCAUAUUUGUUCAUUAGAUAAAUAUGAACUACUUGUCACUUUGUGUCCUCGACUACAAUAUAUGAUACUGAAUAUUUCAAUAAAUGAUCUUGAAUCCAUUAUUAAAUUACUAUUAAUGAAAACUAAUGCAAAUAUUCGUCAUUUAUUCUCGUUAUGUCUUCUAAAUGCAACUACAAAAAUGUACCAAAUAUUAAAGAUCAUGAUCGAUUCCGAAAAAUUUUUGGAUAACUAUUCAAUCAAAUUGGCUCAUCAAAAAUUGUAUCUAUGGUGGUAA